AUGGCUCAAGAAAAUGGACGUUUUGCUCAAACCUGUAUUCUGGUUGCGGCACUAAUGUUGAUCGUGAUUGCGUUCGCUCUCAGUGCUGCCGGUCUAUUCAGUCCCACAUGGCAGGUGGUCGACAUUCGUGAAUUCCGAGCAGAACAUCAUCAUGGUUUGUGGCUAGACUGCACUCGGGCCGAACGUUAUUUAGCAACAGGAAAACGAGAAUUUAGCAAAGGACAACCGUUACAUUGUACUUACAAGUUUGACUACUCGGCAAACCAGGUGAUUGACGAGAAUAUCGAAGACAUCGACCAAAACAGUGCAGCAGGAGAGAGUGAACAUCAUCAGUUCUUUGGUUGGCACAAAGCCGUUAUCGUAUGUCUUAUCACUUCAAUGCUGUUCGUCUCUUUGGCAUUCUGCUGUGGGCUCUGUGCACCGUGCAAUGCUGGAUGCGCCGUGAUUUUCACAAUUUUUAUACUUUUAUCAUUAUUUAUGUCCGUCGUUGGUGAUAGCAUUUUUUUCUUUGCUGCUCACCGAGUGGACAAUCGUUUUGUUCAAGGUCUCGUCGGCACGUACGAACAACGCAUCGGAGCUGCUUUUUAUCUACACGGUGCCGGUACUCUUGUGCUAAUGUUCGCAUUUCUCGUAUCGGUGGUUACAACCUAUCAAAUCCUUCGGAAGACUGAGCAUUCAAAUUCGCUUCCGCUUCGGGAACUUGCUCCACUUUAUGGGUCUCGAAUGAGAGAAACGUUCGCAUAG